AUGAAAAAUUACAAAUCUAAAUAUAAGAAUAAAAGAGGAAAUAAUGUACUAAAAUUAAAAGAUAAUAUAUAUAUAGAAGGAUUAGAAUAUAAUAUAAUAUCUCCAUAUUUUAUCUUAAAUGAUAAUAGUUUAAGAAAAGAUAGAAACAGUAAUGAUAUAUAUUGUACUUUAAAGAAAAAAAGUGUUAAAGAAAAUAUAAAAAUCCCAAAGAAUAUAAAAAAAAAAAAAAAAGAUUUAAAAGAAAAAUUGGGAAAUGAUAGUAAUUCAACUUCUGAUAAUAGUAUUAAAAAUAAUUUGAUUUAUUUUAAUUAUCCAUUGAAAUGUGAUAAUAAAUGUGAAAAGGAUACAAUUAAAGGUAUAAAUUGCAACAGUAAUGAUAAUAAAAGAAAUAAAAUUUUAUUUAAAUUAUUAAUUAAUAAAUUUGAACAUAAAAAAAAAAAAAAUAUCAGUGUUUUAUUUAAUAAAAAAUAUAAUAAAAGUAUAAAAAAUGAAAAUGAAAAGCCAAAUUUAAGAAAAACAACUUUUGUUGGAUUGUUAAGAAACUCUUCAAAAAGAAUUUUAAAUUCAGCAGAAAAAGUGAAAAUAUUUAAAAAUUUUUUCUUUAAAAUUAAAAAAAAACAUAAUAAUUUAAAUGAAAAUCAGAAUUUUGUGGAAACUAAUCAAAAAAAAAUCAUAUAUUCCUCUUUGAAUAAAGACACUAUCUAUUCAAAAAAAAAGGAAGGGAUCAAAAAUGAAAAAAAAAAAAAAAUAAAUAGUAGCAUGCUAAUUAAUUCAAGUUUAUCAAUAGACACACAAUUAAAUACACAAGAUGAAAAUAAAAACAGAAAUAAAAAUAAUCAAAUAGUAUCUAAAAAUCAUAAAAUAAAAAAUUACGAGUGGAAUAUAAAAAGUUAUAAUAUAAAAAAAGAAAAGAAAGAACUAAACCAAAGUUCUACAUAUUACAACAAAAGAGAUACACUCAAAAUAAAGGAAAAAAAAUAUAAAUUUACAAAUAAAAAUAUUUUUUCUUUUAAUAAUAAGGUUUUAAAAGAUAGAAAAUAUUUGGGUAUAUUGAAUGAAGGAGAGGAUUACAUUAGGAUGAAUGAUUUUAUUUUUUUGAAUAGUUUUAAAGGAAGAUCUUUGACACCCAAAAGAAUUAAAAAGUUAAAUAAGAAAAAAACAAAUAAUUACAAUACAUCUGAUAUAGAAGAAGUAAAAAAUGAUAAAGUAAAUUCAAAAGACAGUGUAAUAGAAUAUGGCUCAUUAAAUCCAAUUAUAAAAAAUAAUUGUAGUAAUAAAAUAAUGUUAACAGAAGAAACAAAAAUGAAUAAUAAAGAUAAAAAAAAGAAUUUUUAUAAUGUAAAGAAUAAUAUAAAAGAUAAAAAUAUGAACUAUAAUAACAUAAAUAAAAAAUUUUUGAAAAUUAAUGAAAAAAAUAAAAUAGUUAUGAAAUAUGAGAGAAUCUUAACAAAAGAGAAAAAUAUAAAUCAGAUAGAAAAUAUAUCUAAAAUAUGUAAAGAAAAUUUUUUUAAAGAUGUUGUAACUAACAAAAAAAAAAAUGAAGAUGAUAAAGAAAAAGAAAAAAAUAGUGAAGAAGUAAAUAAUAACAUAGAAAAAUAUGAAAAUAAAAAUGAAAAUGGAAAGAAAAAAGAUAGAAACAGUAAGGAGGAAAAUAAUAAUGAAAAUAAUAAUGAAAAUAAAGAUGAAAAUAAUAAUGAAAAUAAUAAUGAAAAUAAAGAUGAUGAAUACAAUGAAAAUAAUGGGAAAAAAGACCAAGCAAAUAAAGAAAAUAAAAAUGACGAAAAAAAUAAUAAAGAAAAUAGUGAAAAAGGAGAUAAUAACAAAAAAAAAAAAGAAAAUGACAAUGAAGAAAAAAAAAAUAAUAGCAGAGAAAAUAGUGAAAACGAUGAAAAAAAAAAAGAAGAUAGUGAAAAAGAUAAUGAGGAUAAUAAAAGUGAAAGUGAAGAUAAUGAAAAUGAGAAUGACGAUGACAAUGAAAAAACCAAAAAUAACAAAAAUGAAAUUAAAAAUAUUAAAAAGGAUGCAACCAUAACUAAAGAUGAUAAUAACAAUUUAUUAAACAAAAUGUAUUGUGAAUUUAAUUCUGAUUUAGUUCAUGAAAAAAAAAUUAAAAAAAUAAACAAGAAAAUAGAAGGUGUAUUAAACUAUAACCAUGAUAAAUAUAAAAAGAAAGACAAAAAAAAAAUUAAAAUGAGAAAAAAUUAUUUUGGGUUUAUGAAAAAUAAUAACUUUCCUAAUAAUAUUGAUAAUAAAAAUAAUGAGGAAAAAAUUAUCAAAAAAAAAUUUUUUUUUAAUGAAAAAAGUAGGUCAAAGAUUAGAAAUUUUAUUUACAGAACUGAAAUAUUUAGUCUAUCUAAAAAAGAUAAUAAUAAUAUGAAUAAUAAAAAAAAAUUAAAAAAUAAAGGAAUGCAUAUAGAUAAAAAAAAAGACUUAGUAAAAAGUACGUCUAUAUUAAAUUAUAUGAAUUCAAAUGAUUCUUUUAAAAGCAAUGAAAAUAGUAAAAAGUAUAUUGAAUGUUGUACAGAUAGCAGCAAUAUAGAUUUGAACAAAAAUCAUGUCAAAAGUAUAAGUAGAGAAGAAUUUACAAAUUCAUCAGAUGUAAAAAGUAAAAAUGAAGAAGAAAGAAGAAAUAUAGAAAAAAGGAAUUUAAAAAAAAAAAAAAAUGGUUUUUCCAUAGAUAAAAAAAAAAUAAAAAUUAAUGAAGGAAUUACAAAUGAAAAAGAAAAUAGGGAAUUAGAUUAUAAUAAGAAUGAAAAACAUAAUGAAAAUAUUCUAAAACACAUUAAUGAGAGUAUAAAAGAUGGUAAACAUUUAACAAAAAUUACAAAUAGUUUAGAGGAUGAUAAAAAUAAUUUAGAUAAUACAAAGAAAUUAGAUGUUUUAAGCAACUUAAGACAAACAAACAAUUUAUUAUAUCAAAAAAAUAUGAAUUCUGUAUGUAAUUCAAAUAGACUUAAUAAUAUAAAUGAUGAAAAUACAGAUUCUAAUUACCCUUCAUAUAUUAAGAAUAAAAUAAAUAUUAAAAAUUUAAUUACAAAUAUUACUCAAGAAAAUUUGUAUGAAAAUUAUUAUAUGAGAAAAAAAAAAAAAAUUGAGAAGAAAAUGGAUAAAAUAAAAAUAAAAAAAAAAAAAUUUCAUUCCUAUUUUAAAAAAUUUAGAUCUUUUUUAUUUUUUGAAAAUAGAAAAAAUUCCAAUAAUUUUUCUCAUAAUAAUGAUGGUAAAUUGAAUACAAAAAUUAGGAAAAAAAAGUUUCAUAUAAAAAAGAAGAAAAAAAUAAAAAAAUUAAAAAGAUUAAGCUUAUUAAAUAUAUAUGAUACAAAAAUGUUAAGUAAUAAAAAUCAAGAUGAAAGUCUUUUAAAUAUAAAUUAUGAAAAUUAUAAUUCAAAUAAGUAUUUAUUGGGAAAACAAAAAGAAAAAGACAAAGGUAAAAAAACAAUUGUUCUUGAUUUAGAUGAGACACUAGUUCAUAGUUCACUAAAAAAGGAAAAAGAAAAUUCUUUUAAAGUAGAUAUUGAUUUAGAUGACGGUCAAUAUUUCAUUUAUGUUAAUAAAAGACCAGGUGUUGAUGAUUUUUUCAAAGAAAUAUCUAAAUAUUAUGAAGUAGUAAUUUUUACUGCAAGUUUAUCAACAUAUGCAAAUGCAGUAAUUGAUAAAAUAGAUGUAGAUCAUGUUUGUUCUUAUAGAUUAUUUAGAGAAUCCUGUUCUUGUUGGAAAAAUAAUUAUGUAAAAGAUAUCAAAAAGUUAGGAAGGGAUUUAAACAAUGUUAUUAUUAUUGACAAUUCUAUUUAUGUUCAAAAAUUUUGUGAAGAUAACUGUAUCUUAAUUGAAAGCUGGUUUGAUGAUCCUAAUGAUCAAGAAUUAUAUAAAUUAAUACCAUUUUUAAAGAAAUUAUCAAAAAAAACAUCAGUUAUAUCUGAAUUGAAAAAAUAUAAUAAAAAAAAAAAAAAAUAG